AUGCACGGCACGUGGUGUGCGGUGAGGCUGGCACGGGCAGGGUACGAGGUUUACGGGGUGGAUUGCGAGGGCCACGGCAAGUCGUCGGGAAUGCUCGGACUUAUUCCUAAUUUUGACAAUCUUGUUGACGACCUCUUCAAUUGCUUCACUGCCAUUUCGAAGAAAAAGGAGAACGAGAGAAAGAUGAGAUUUGUGAUGGGGGAAUCGAUGGGAGGCGCCAUGGCCCUCCGUUUGCACUUGAAGGACCCGGACUUCUGGGACGGCGCUGUUCUUGUGGCCCCCAUGUGUAAGAUAGCUGAAGAGAUGAAACCGAGCCCAUUGGUAAUAAAAGCGUUGACUUCACUGGCUCGACUGGCUCCAACUUGGAAGUUGACUCCGUCGCCGGACAUCGUUGACUCCGCCUUCAGAGAUCCACGUGUCAGACAACAGAUUCGAUCAAAUCCGUACACGUACAAAGGCCGACCCCGCCUUCAGACCAGCCAUGAGCUUUACAAAGCCUGCCUCGAUUUGGAGAAACGACUUCGUGAGGUCUCCUUACCCUUCAUUGUCCUGCACGGAGAAGACGACAAGGUCACCGAUCCGGCGGUGAGCCGAGUCUUGUAUGAGACGGCUCGCGCUACCGACAAGACGUGGAAGCUCUACCCCGGGAUGUGGCAUUCCCUCUCCUACGGCGAGCUACCGGAGAAUCUCGACAUUGUAUUUUCCGACAUCAUCCAAUGGCUCGACGACAGAGCCUCUGCAUCUGCCGCAAAAUUUGAAGAGCAGCUCAAGAUCGACAAUGACCACAAUGCCAAUGCCCCUAAGAAAAUGAUAUGAUUCUACGAACCCCUUUCAAUAAUUUACGGCGACCAUUCGUCGAAUCCCU